CUCACCUUAUCAAACGUGGACAUAUGCACGCCCGUUGAGCUGCAGCGAUCGUCAUGUCAGCCGUCACAUCUCCACAACCGUUAGACUUGUCGCACCACUACUCGUAUGCAUCCAAGAAUCGCAAUCCGAGCAGCGUAAAGAGCUUCUACAAGUACUUUGCAAUCCCCAACAUCGCCAAUUUUGCCGGAGGCUUACCACACCCUUCAUAUUUCCCGUACGAUACUCUCGAAGCGACCGUCGCCCGACCUCAGCGUCUCCAGCCAUCCAACAAAGAUGACACCAAAGCCGACCGGGUAGUCAUCCCAAAAGAAGUUCAGACACCUGAUCUAACACGUAAAAUCGACUUGACUACUGCUUUACAGUAUGGCACUGCCGAAGGCUACCCGCCAAUUUUCUCGUUCCUGCGACAGUUCGUUCGGGACCAUCUCCAUCCCAAUGUCCCCUACGAAGGAGGUCCCGAGAUCAUCAUGUCAUGCGGCAAUACUGACGGCUUCUCUAAAGCCGUUGAGCUAUUCACUAAUAUCUGGAAUCCCGACCGGGACUGGAUUCAGCAGCGCGAAGGCGUGCUAUGUGAGGAGUUCACCUAUAUGACUGCCAUUCAGACCAUCCAGCCGCGAGGCCUGAAUACUGUCACCGUGGCCGUAGAUGGUCAGGGUAUGCUAGCGUACGGAAAAGGUGGCCUGAAAGACGUGCUGGAAAAUUGGGACUUCCGACGUGGAAGACGUCCACAUCUCAUGUACACUGUGACGAUUGGCCAGAAUCCCACGGGAGGAAACUUGUCCAUUGAGCGGAGAAAAGAAAUCUACGCGCUCUGUCAGAAAUAUGACGUGAUUAUGGUGGAAGAUGAUCCGUACUGGAACUUGCAGUUCCCCUCCGCAUACGAGAAGGAGUCCCGUUAUCGGGGUGCCUCGACAGAGCCCACGCCCUAUAAUCGGAGCUACAAUGCCGAGGGCAAAUCUUCGGGCUAUGCUUUCUUAGACUCUUUGUUGCCUUCGUACCUGUCAAUUGAUACCGAAGGACGAGUUGUGCGGCUCGACACUUUCUCCAAGACUAUUGCUCCCGGCAGUCGUCUGGGCUGGAUCACUGCGCAGCCUGCGGUUAUCGAGCGGAUUACUCGCAUCACCGAGGUUACAACGCAGCAGCCCUCGGGUUUCGUGCAGUCUAUAAUUGCCCAGACAAUUAUCGGGGAACAGCUGAAGGAGAAAGGAGCUCUUGCUUUGAUGAAGCAAGAAGUCUCUAGCUGGCGCAUGGAUGGGUGGGUUCGCUGGCUGGAAGGACUACGUGGAGGCUAUGAGAGGCGCAUGAAUGAUAUGUGCAGCGUCCUGGAAGAGAACAAGUAUCUGUUCUCUGAGAGCCCCGAAAAGUCAUCAACUGUUGACCAUGUCAAUGACUGGGAGGUAGUCGACCGGGUACAGAUGUAUGACUUCGUCUGGCCCAAGGGCGGCAUGUUCGCUUGGGUUGAGAUACGUCUUGAGACCCAUCCAUUGCGGACUAAAUACAGCGAGAGAAAAUUGUCCAAGGCUUUCUGGAUACAUCUCACAAAGAAGCCGCAUUUGUGUCUGGUUGCGCCGGGCCAGAUAUUUGCGGCUGGGCCAAAGUCUGCUGAAAAAGAGCACCGGUAUAUCCGUGUGGCUUUUGCGCCAAUGGACCCUGAGGACGUCUCGCCUUUCACUCGCAGGCUUGUUGAAGGUUUCCGAUCGUUCUGGAAGCGGGAGAAUCUAGAUGGCUUGGAUGACGAUGAUGAGACUCUGGCGAUGCAGUCGAUGCAGUUGAAUUCAGGGAUUAACUUUGUGGGCCCUGGAUGUUAA